GUGGUGGAGAAGGAUGCCGACUGCCUGUAUCGGCACCUUGGCGCCAGGUUCACGGGCCAACGGCAUCUGGAAAGGGACAUCAACGGCGUCGACUGGAGCUACAGUUUGAUGGAAGACAAGACGUCCUCGAUCCAGCUGUCCACACGACAUGUCUUCCUCGUUGAGUCGGCUUUCGACGAUUCUGCCCAACUCUUCAGCCGGACUCGUCUCCGCUGGAGCCUGAGGUUUGAGUUCGACAUGCACCACGACCUCGUGGUGGCCGACCUGGCCCGAGCGCCAUGA